UCUUAGGGACGCGCCCGGCUGGGUUAUUCCCCGGGUUGUCCGAACGCCGAAGGAAAGUAACCCGGUGCUCGCGCGCUGCCGGUGCGCGGGAGCAUGAGAAGCGCUGGCAGUUCCCGCCCGGGCUCUGCCUGCUCCAGGCUCAUCGACGUGACCAGCAACGCACCGUUGCUGCGCUCGCCCGCCAGCGUCUCAACCUCUUCCGAAGCGGAGCAGAGAACUCAUAAUUAUUUGCUACUGGAUGUUCCUGACACUCGAGAACAGCUAGUCCAUUAUCGGAAUGCAGCAGAAACAGCCAGCAGUGAGCUUGCCGCACUCCUAGUGAAGUACGAAUGUGCUCAAGCAGAGAAAAUAUUUGAAUACAUCUGAAGAAAGCAAAUCCUAUGCAUCUAAAGUCAGCAGAGAACAAAAUGAAUUCUUUGCACAACUUUGUCAUCUUCUGGAACUGGGCAUAGGAGGAAACGAAGAGUCACCAGAACGUCUGCUCUCCAAGAUCCGUGGAAUGCGUAAAGAAAACGAUGCGCUAAAAGAACAAAUAGAUACCUUCAGAGAGACCGUAACAAUUCAUGAGAUGGAACUGAAAGCCAACAGAGAAACCAUCAUGAGGCUUGUGUCAGAAGUGAACAAGGAGCAAAAAAAAGCAGCAGCUUGCUCUCAAGACAUAGAAAAGCUAAGUGAUGACCUAAGCAACAUUACAGGAGCUAAGCAGAAUCUUGAGGAGGAGAUUAGAAGCCUCCAAAACAGAUUGGCAGCCAGCCAACAGGCUUGGGAAGAACUGGGCCAACUAAAGGUCCGUUGUAAUGAAAAAGAAGCGGAAUUGAAAACUAAUCUAGAGCAAGCCAAAGAAGAAAAAAAGCUGCACAAUGAAUUCAAAGAUCAAAUAGUGGCUUUACUGGGGAGUAAUCCCAUUGGGGCAACUCCAUCCAAGGAAGACAUUGUGGAAAAAAUCCGAGAUUUGUACCACAGAGAGGAGAGCAAAAAAAAAAUGGUAUCCCAGCUUGAAGCCCAAAUCAGCAAACUUACCGAGACUCUGGAGACUCAGACAAUGUUGCAUCAGGAGGCCUUGCAAAGAGCCAAAAAAUCAGAAAAUAAAUCAGAAAUGCUUCAUGAUCAGUUGAUGCGUCUAGAAGGAGAGCUGGUAUCUGGAGAUGUGAUGCGAGAUGCUUGGAAACUUGAGAAACAACAAUAUCUUAAGUUUCUGGAUCAGCUCUCUGAAAAGAUGGACCUGGACAGAAUAGCAGUGGAGGUUGGAUUUGACAUGAGGUUGGAUGCAGUGCUGGCUCGUGCAGAGCAGUUGAACAAGUUGGAACGAGACACAUUGACUGACAAUAAGAUCAUGCUCCGAAACCUGCAAAGAAAGGUAAAAGCUCAGAAAGAGCAACUUGAGAACAAAGAACUGCAUUUGAAGCUUCUGCGUCAGAAGAUCGUCCAGCUGGAAGAAGAGAAGCAAGUGCGCACAGCCCUGGCAGUAGAAAGGGAUGAGGCCAACCUCACACUCAGAAAGUUACAAAAGAAAAUAGACAGAUUGCAGAACGAACUUUCUUUGGCGAGAGAAACACACACAGAUCUGAAAGUUAAGCUUGCUGACACGAACGAACUGAAGAUCAAAGCACUGGAGCAAGACAAAACCAUAGAAGAACUAAGCAAAUCUCAAGAGAAACUGGAAAAGAUGAAGACUAAAGCUGAGAAGCAAUUAAUCUCUGUCCAGUCUGAGCUACAUGUUAGAGAACGCAAAGCAAAGGAAGAUAAAGAAAAAGCUAAACACUUGUUGGAGUCUGUGACCACAGAAGCAACAGUACUUAAAUCAACUCUUGAAGAAGUCAUGAAAAGAGAGAAACAGCUGGCAGAUUUCCGAAGAGUUAUCUCUCGCAUGCUGGGUCUCAAUAUCAAUACCGUGGCUCUUGCUGAUUACGAAAUAGUAACUCGUCUUGAGGGGUUGAUCCAUUCUCAUCAGCAUCAUUGCUCUCCUUGUGCCUGCUUCAAGUGUCAGUGAAAGAAGAUGGACUUUCAUAGCUUCUCCUUGAGUGCCUCCUUUCUUUCUGCAAAUAAUAGUUAAAACAGCAGAAGUCCGGUUGGAUGUUCCAAAAAUUAACAUUUUGUUGGAGUUAAACAUUGCCUACUGUGAGGAAAAAGAACAAUAAGAAGAACCAAUGAAGUAUCUUAAUAAAUAAUAUAUAUAUAAUUGAGUGAACAGCUUAUGGUCUCAGCAUCAAAAAUAAAACAAAAUUCUUAUAAUCAUCAAA